CACAGCGGAGACACAUCGGCUCCAGACGGCCCGCGCCUGAGUGAAUGGAGCAGGAGAAUGGCAGCAGAAUAACGCUUCCCGUCUCUUCUCGUGUUCCUGUAGUUCAGUGUUAUUUCUAUACCGAUAAGCGAGACGCGAGCUGACUCUUUCCGAUUUCUCACUCUUCUUCUUCUUCCUCUUCUUCUUCUUCUUUUUUUGCAACAUUUGCCUUGAAUGAGAAGAUGAAGGCUACUAUUCCGCCUCGGGCCCGGAGGGACUCGUGUAGCUGCGCUGCUCUCUCGGCCGAGCCGGAUCUGUGCUGCCUCCAGCACGACAUGAACGACUGCUACAGCCGGCUGAGGCGCCUGGUGCCCACCAUCCCUCAGCACCGGCGCGUGAGCCGCGUGGAGAUCCUGCAGCACGUCAUCGACUACAUCCUGGACCUGCAGCUGGCGCUCGAGCGCACCGAGCACAGCGAGCACAGCGGGACGUGGCCGCGCAGCUCCAUCCGCGCGCCGCUCUCCGUCCUCAACACAGAGCAGAGGACGCCAGUUGUCAAUAAGCAGGAGGACACGAUUCUGUGCCGCUGAAAUGCAGCAUAUCGCAGUGGUGUGCAGGGAGCCCAUCCAAAGCCAAGCCAAACUUUGGCAGUGAAUCCGACACACACCAGGCCCAACGUGGGAUUGCAAAGCAGUUCUGAAACUAAUGGCUUCUAAACCAUAAUUUAUAAACAUUUCAGUGUUAACUGUCAGUGAUGGCUGAGGCAGCCAGUGUUCUUCUCCGUUCACUCUAUUUUCUGUCAGUGAAGGAAAUGCUGAAUUUGGAUAAAAGAUAAAGAAUUUCUCUUUAUUUCUCUCUCUCUCUCUCUCUCUCUCAUAUUUCCUCAGUGGUAAGAUUUGGCAUUUGACCACACCAGGAAAAAGCUUGUCUAAUUUUUACUAAGAAUCUUCACACUGUAAAGCUUUACAGUACAUUGAAAGUAACAUUGAAAGUUAAAAUUUUGACAUCUAUUGUUAAAAAUAGAUGAUUUGUUUUAAACAGGGAUUUCCCUGCAAUUGAAUUGUUUAAUAUUGUAAAGAAAGCAAAUACAUGUUGACAAAUAAUCCUGUAUAUAAAAAAAUAGGAUGUUCUAUAAUUGUAUGUGUAAGAAAAUAUCUAUAUGCUAUUGUAAUUAUAAGAUAUUUUUAUUGAAAGGUUUUGUUUUGUAAAUAUUGUGUUUUCCAUAAGUGUAGUGAAGAAAUACAUGAUUGUUCUGCUAAUAAAGAUCUCACAUCAUAAAGCUAA